ACACAAGUAUUGAGCGUGUUUUAUUAGUGUCCCUCUCUUUCUCUGUCCUUAAAACACACAGCAACAACCGACUUUAUUACAUUAUAAUACCCCUCUCUUCCUUAUCAUCUCUAUCUACUACCAUCUCUUCUCUUCACAUAGGAGAAAAGAAGAGCUGAGACAGAAACUCUCUCUCUCUCUACACAAAGUUUUGUCUGUGAAAAAACCCACACAAAUAAUCUUAAGAGAAACUAUGAAUAAACAAGAUGUUAUGAAGCUUCAGACAUGUGUUCUGAAAGUGAACGUACACUGUGAAGGAUGUAAGCAUAAAGUGAGGAAACAGUUGCAGAAAAUCGAAGGGGUGUACUCUGUUAAAGCAGAUGUGGAACAAGGGAAAGUCACUGUCACAGGAAACGUUGACCCAGCUAUUCUCGUUAAGAAACUUAGCAAAUCAGGGAAACACGCCGAGAUCAUAGGCGGAGGAGGCGGUGGCGGAGGUGGAGGUGGAGGAGGAGGAAAAGGGUUUCCUAAUCUGAAUGGGCAGUUUGGUAAUCUCAGUAUGAACGGGAAAGGUGGAAAAGAGAGCAAAGGGAAACCUAAUGGUGGUGGUGGUGGUGGUGGAGGUCAACCAAUGCAAUUGACUCCUCAGCAGAUUCAACAGAUGAUGAUGAUGAAAGCUGCUCAAGCUCAAGGUGGUGGUGGUGGUGGGGGAGGUCAACCAAUGCAGUUGACACCUCAGCAGAUGCAACAGAUGAUGAUGAUGAAGGCGGCUCAAGCUCAAGGUGGUGGUGGUGGUGGUGGUGGCGGGAAGGAUAUGAAGAUGAUGAUGCCUCCUAUGGCGUCUAAGGAUCAGAAGAAGUCUGUUAAGUUUGCUGAAGAGGAGGACGAUGAGUUUAGCGACGAUGAUUACGAUGAUGAGUUCAGUGAGGAUGAUUAUGAUGAUGAUGAGUUCGAUGAUGAGGAUGAGGAUGAUGAUAUGGGAGGAGGACAUGGUCAUGGUCAUGGAGGAGGAGGUGGUGGUAAUCAUCACAUGCCUCCUAAUAAGAUGAUGAUGAUGCCUAACAAGAUGGGUGGUGGUGGUGGAGCUAAGGGACCUAACGAGAUGAUGAUGAUGAUGAAUGGUUUCAAAGCCGGUGGUGGUGGUGGCGGCGGAGAGGGGAAGAAAGGUGGUGGCGGGUUUGAGAUUCCGGUGCAAAUGAAGGGGAUGAGUGAGGGUAAAGUGGGGAAAGAAGGCAAGAAAGGAGGAGGAGAGAAAGGUGAUAAAGAAGGGAAAAAGAGUAAAGGAGGUGGGGGCAAAAAUGGAAAAACAGAUGCUAAAAGUGGUGGUGGUGGUGGUGGCCUGCUAGGGUUUUUCAAAAAUGGUAAAAGUGGAAAAGGAGAUGAGAAGAAGGGAGGUGGUGGUAAGAAAGAAGGUGGUGGUGGGGGUGAUAAGGUCAAAUCCUCCGGUGGUGGGGGAGGAGGAGUUCAUCAUUAUGACAGUGGGCCUAAAAAAGGUGGAGGUGGUGGGUCAAAAGGAGGAGGCCAUGGGUCCCAUGAUAUUGAUGAGCUCAUGAAACACCACAAAGCAGGCGGAGGAGGAGGAGGUAACAAGGGUAAUCAUAGUGCUAAGGGGAUGGGUGGCCCAAUGGGUCAAGGCGGUCCGAUGGGUAUGAUGGGUCAAGGAGGUCCAAUGGGCAUGAUGGGUCAAGGUGGUCAGAUGGGUAUGAUGGGACACCAAGGUGGUCAGAUGGGUCCUAUGGGACAUCAAGGCGGCUCUUACCCGGCGGUUCAAGGCUUACCAAUGAGUGGAGGUGGAGGAUAUUACCAACCACCACCUCAGGCAAGUCAUCAAAUGAACCAACAACAGUACAUGCAAAUGAUGAUGCAUCAGCAACAGCAACAACAACAACAAGCUGCAGCUCAUGGAGGAUAUGGUGGUGGUCACGGUGGAGACAUGUACCAUCCAAUGAUGUAUGCUCGACCUUAUCCGUCAGUGAACUAUGCUCAUCCACCGCCAAUGCCGCCUCCACAUUCGGAUUCUUAUACUCAUAUGUUCAGUGAUGAGAAUCCAGGUAGCUGUAGUAUAAUGUGAUCUUUUGUAAUGUUUUAAUUAGAAAAAAAAACGGAUAUGAAUAUGUUUGUAGUAGAACUCUUUAUUAUGUAUUUUUUUUUGGGAUGUCUUUUUUCUUUUAAAACUCUCUUGAGGGAUUGGAAACAAAAUGUGCUUUAAUUUUGUUAGUGGAAUGAUGUUUAUAAUA